AUGUGUGUAGUUGAAAAUCUUUCUAUAAAACCAAAAGCCAAAAGGCGGAAGAUCGAAUCGGCGAUCAACGGGUCUUCUUCGUCGUUAUCGUCUUCUAGUAGAUGUGGUCACUUCAACGUUCGUCACGGAGUCUGCGCCGGCUGCAAAUCAACGGUGGACAAAAGCCAAGCCCGAUCAUUAGAUUUCCCAUCCAACGGCUUACAGUUAAGCCACGAAGCUAUGGUGUUACAGAAGCGCCUUACAACGAAUUUCUCUUGUCUCAACGACAAGAAGCUUCACCUCGUCCUUGACUUGGACCACACGCUUAUCCACGCCGUUGAGGUUGCGAGGCUCUCCAUAGCAGAGAAGUAUCUUCUUCUCGAAGAAACCAAAAGGCAGGAUCUAUGGAAGGUCAAACUCCGAGGACAACGCGUUGAAAUUUUGACAAAGGUACGGCCUUUUCUUGGCGAUUUCUUGAAAGAAGCCAACGAGUUGUUCACGAUGCAUAUUUACACAAUGGGUACUCGCGUUUACGCUGAGUCCAUCUUGGAGGUGAUCGAUCCCGAGAAAACUUAUUUCGGGAACAGAGUGGUCACAAGAAACGAGAGUCCUGAUAACAGGAAGACGCUUGAUUUGGUUUUGGCUGAUGAGCGUGGAGUGGUGAUUGUGGAUGAUACUUGUGAAGUUUGGACCCAUCACACGAGUAACUUAGUGGAGAUUAGUAAAUACAUGUAUUUCAGAAUGAACCGAUACGAGCCAAAGCCUCACUCUGAGGAGAGGACAGACGAGAGUGAAAGAAGCUACGGUGGAUUAGCCGAUGUUUUGGAGUUUCUCAAAAAAGUUCACUGUGAAUUCUUCAGCGUCAAGGAAGAUCAGUUAGAAUCACAGGACGUGAGGUUGCUGCUACAAGAGUUAGAAGAUUUCGAUCGUCUCGACUUAUUAUCUGUAGACUGA